CAACUCCCGCUCCUCCCCUUGCUCCUCCCGCUUCCUUCUAGACUGGCCUCCGAGAGGAAACUGAAAGUGAAAUUUAGAGAGCGGGAUUGUGAAAGCGAAGCUGGGAACCGGUGGCCAACGCUGAGGACCCUGGUAAGCCUCAAAGAUGUCUCUGGAAAAGAUGUGGGAGGAUGUCACCUGCUGUGUCUGUCUGGAUCCCAUGGUGGAGCCUAUGAGUAUCGAAUGUGGCCAUAGCUUUUGCAAGGGAUGCAUCUCUGAUGUUGGGAAAGGUGGGGGCGGUUCAUGUCCUGUAUGCCGGCAACGCUUUCUGCUCAGAAACCUCAGGCCCAAUCGGCACAUAGCCAACAUGGUAGAAAACCUGAAACAAACAGCCCAGGGUGACAAGAAGGGGACCCAGGAAGACUGCUGCGUGAAGCAUGGAGAGAAACUUCAGGUGUUCUGUGAGGAAGAUGGGCAGGCCCUUUGCUGGGUGUGCGACCACUCCGGGAAGCACCGUGACCACACCAGGGUCCCUGUUGAAGAGGCUGCUCGGAUAUACCAGGAGAAGCUCUGUGUGGCUUUAGAAAAACUGAGGAAAUGGAAAGAGUUAGCCGAAAAGCUGGAAAUGGAUCUCGAAAUGCAAAGAAUAGACUGGAAGAAGAAUGUGGACACACAGAAGUCAAGGAUUCACUCAGAGUUUGUGCACCAGAGUAGCUUGUUGGCCAAGGAAGAGCAGAGGCAGCUGCAGAAACUGGAGAAGGAUAAGAGGGAGCACCUGAAACUUCUGGGGGAGAAGGAGGCUGAGCUGGCUGAGAAGAACCAGGCCCUGCAGGAGCUGAUCGCAGAGCUGGAGAGGAGGAGCCGGUGCCCCAAGCUUGAGCUACUGCAGGAGGUGACGAUUGUCCUGGAAAGGAGUAGAUCCUUCAACCUGGACACAUUAGAUGUUGCCUCCCCAGACCUGACAAGUACGUGCCAUGUGCCAGGGCGGAAGAAGAUGCUGAGGACAUGUUGGGUGCAUAUUACUCUGGAUCAGAACACAGCCAACUCAUGGCUCAUCAUCCCAAAGGAUCGGAGACAAGUGAGGAUUGGACAUACCCGUCAGAAUGUGCCUGAAAAUGAGGAGAGAUUUAAUAAUUACCCCAUGGUGCUAGGUGCCCAGAGAUUCACCUCUGGGAAGAUUUACUGGGAGGUAGAUGUGACCAGCAAGGAGGCCUGGGAUCUGGGGGUUUGCCGAGAAUCUGUAAAGAGGAAGGGGCAGUUUUCACUCAGUACUGAGAAUGGUUUCUGGACCAUUUGGCUAUGGAAAAAAGACACCUAUGAGGCUGGCACCAGCCCCCAGACCACCCUCCACCUUCAGGUGCCUCCAUGCCAAGUUGGGAUCUUUGUAGACUAUGAGGCUGGCAUUGUCUCCUUCUAUAACAUCACUGACCAUGGCUCCCUCAUCUACACCUUCUCGGAGUGUGCCUUUGCUGGACCUCUACGGCCCUUCUUCAGUGUCGGUUUCAAUGAUGAUGGAGGAAAUGCCGCACCUCUAAAGCUCUGUCCACUAAAGAUGUGAUGAGGAGGAGCCAGUGCCUACUGACAGCACUUUCUGGACACUGUUACCUCCUCCUUGUCAUGAUCAAAGUCCAAUGACUACUGAAGGCCGUGUCUGGAUACUGUUACUCACAUCCUAUUGGUGUUCCUCGGCUGUAGACUCUGCCCUUUUUGCCCAUCCAGUUGAAACCCUCCCACACCCUCAUCUCUUUAGAGGAGUCAGGGCCCCAGAAUGAAGGCAUUAGCUGGGGGCAACAGAAAGUCAAUGUCAACUGACCUUCCACUUGAAUAUUCCUAACAUAGGUUCCUUAAUGAUUCCCUCCGUUGAAACAGAGUCCUCACAAUGGACCCACACUCAUCUAGCUCAGUCAAAACCACAUUUCUGCCUCCUUUGUGUGACUUAUUUUGUUUUCUUUUCUCAAUUUCUUGACUGUUACCUUUGACCAGAUGCCUAUCUAUUCAGAAGGGCUUCCUUCUGUGUCUCAGAAUUUUGUCUCAGUCCUUGUUGAUAAAGCCCAAAAUAUGUGUCUUUAACAUUGUACAUCUUUUGGUUUGGGUUGGAUUUUUUGUUACUGGAGAGGUUGGAGUUUGUUUGUUGCUUUUCCUCCUUGGAAUGCCCUAUGCACUUCUUCAUUUGUAGACUUGGGUCAAGAAUAUCUUCCAGGGUGACAAACCAGAGCCAGAAUAAAGUAGUGAAAGUGGUUCAGGCAAGAGCUGAAUGUAACACAACAGUAUACUCAUGUCCCCCACGGUAGCCGCAGUCUAGGCGCCAUGUUAGCCUGGUCAGUGAGUCCCUGUAGUUGAAUCUCACAAGGAAGAGACAGCUGUGCUCAGAGGCAGACUGUUAGCAGUUUAUGGGUGUGCUGUUCCCUGCUUCCAUUGCCUCGAAGAACAUGAAAUUAGUAGCUGACUUAGAACACAAACAUAUCCAGAGCUUCAGAAAUACUGUAAGCAGAUUUAAGAUGAAGGAUGGAUAAAUGCACAAUAAGGAAAAUAAUUCAGCCAGUAGUUCCAGAAGUUUUUCCAUAUACUGUGAAUGGAACCAGUUAGGACCCCACAGCUGCCAGGGUCAAGAAAGUGCAGCUGCCCCCUUGUUCAACUCAAACCAAAGAAACCUCUGGGCUCUCGCAGUGUGGCCUCCCAGAGACCCAUGUCAACACAGAACUACAGCCGCUAAGGGUUGCGGGGGGAAGAAUCCUGUGGGAGCAAGCACUGGGGUGAAAAGUACCCCGUGGGUGCAACAGGUCAGAGUACCAAAGCUUACUGCCGAAGACUUACAAGAAGAGAGAUGUCUACCUCGGACAGCUCAAAGAAUUGUCGAACUAACUGGCUAGGAGGAUGAACAGAGGACUAUAGACAUCCUCGAUGCCUCAAAUGAAGGCUUUGUGGUACCCAGUGAAGAGGCCCAGGGAUAGAACUGGAAGAGUAUCAAAAGUUGGACCAGAAAAAAAAACAUGUAUUUCUUUCAUUCCAAAUCAUGUAUAACAAUAUGAUGUUCCCUUUUGUUAUCCGUUCUUAAGAAAUCCCUUGUGGCUUUGUUUGUCUUAGAAGUAUGCUUUGCAGAAGCCCCCCUCCCUUCUUAAUAACUUUGAGGUCAAGCUUUGACCUUGUAGCAGAGCAGUGGGUUUGUCCAUUCAGGGGAACAAAGUGGCUGACCAUGGGGUUCACCGUGUGACUGAUGGUCACACUGUUUGGACAAAAAGUGGUCUUUGUGGAACGAAAUAUAAACACUGAACUGAACUUUGAGCUAGUGUAAAGUGUGGCAAAGAAUGUUUGGAGAAAUAAAUACCUUGAGAGUAUUUAAAAUA